AUGCAAGCACCUACUACCUCGUCCCGUCACUGUACCUAUCGACCUUGUCCCUUUUGUAUACGUCUCAACGUUAGGUGUAUAUAUCGAAUGAAUUCUGAAAUCAUGUAUUCUCAGUUUAUGGACAUCUAUGAUGAUCUCGAAUUUUCCAUUACACAAGAAAUCACAAAUACUGUUGAUCUUACCGAUGAAGAAGUUAUCGUCGAUCUGACCGAAGAAGAAGAAGAAGUUAUCAUUGAUCUGACCGAAGAAGAGUCAGAUGUAUCUUCAUCUACCAGUCAUGAUGCUGUCCGUCUUGUACAACAUCUUGAUCGUUCUGAAUUUAUGUAUGUUGAUGAUGAUGAUGACCACCGGGAGGGUCUUGAAAUGAAUAAUUGUGAAAAUAGUAUUCAAAUCACGUCGCAAUGGGUGAAUUCAUUCUUGCAGGUGGGAACAUCCGAUUUCGACCUUGUUAGGUAUUUGUCGAAUUAA